CAUUCGCUUGUCAAAUUUUCAUAGAACGUAUUUGGAGAAAGAAACAGAAAUCCAGUUAGUUUUAUAUAUUUGAAUAGGAAUCAGUAAAUGAUAACUAGCAGAACUAACCCCACCAGCCAUAUAUAGGAACAGCAGGUCGUGAAUAGCACAUAUUCAAACGUCAUCUUCUACUACUGACUUCCUAUACAAAAGCUAUAAGAAUAUUGAUAAUAAAAUAAACGGUAACUUGCUUGUUACGAGUAAAAGUUAAUUCAAAUACCCCGCGUGACAGGAGGUUACAUUAUCAUGUGAUAAAAAUCAAAAUAAAUUAAAAUAUCGAGAUAAUAUAAAAAUUAUUAUGAUGAUACAGUGUAAGUUCUUUGAUGUUUUUCAAAAUGUUUACCAUCUGCAUAAGUGUUGUCAUUUUAAGUUAACAGCAUAAUUACAGUUAGUCAAUCACUUGCGGUUAAUCAGCAGUUCUGAUUAAUUUGUAUUUAAUUUUCCAUAAUGCCCCAAUAAAAACAAAAUGAUAAGUGUCUAAUGUAUCCAUAAGGUUAAAACUAAAUUAACACAGUUUUAGCAAAAAAGCUUUUGUAUUAUGCUGACAGGGGGGAUAAAUGCAGCAAAAAGUUAACCGGAACUGAUUGAAUGAGAAUGGGACAUACGGUCAUAACCAAAUGACAAUGUCACGUUAUGAUGAAGACUUGUAUGACAAUCCUUUUACACAGCCCUCGAGAAGAACUAUCAUCUGCUUCUUGAUCAGGCUUCAAGCAGUCACUUGAUUAACUGUAUGCCCAAGUAUGAGCUGGUUAAAGAUGCAAGCUUCACUAAAACAGACUUUGGUGAUCACAUUUUAUUGCCAAGUACAGACCAAGAUGACAGUUUCACUUCACUGACCAAGCAUGAUUAAAAAGAAGAACAAUGGCUGAAAAUCUAACACCUUGCAGUGGAUGCAAUUACCCUUGUCAAAUUGGGUGAUUGAACCACAACCCCAAAUCAAUACAGUCCACGCGUUUUCCCCAAUUUCCCUCGCUACUCCACGGACACGGCCUCGGAAGGGAGAUUAAGCACUUCCUGCGAUACGCGGAGUUUGCAUGAUUGGUAGCCAUCUUGUUUCAAGAGACAUUUUACAACAGCAAAGAUGAGAGUUACCGUGUUCUGUGUGUGUCAGAGGUCUUCAACAGAGCUGUGGAAACAGGCGAUGCAAACAAAUCUUCUGCCCCUGACUAUUCCAGACUGCCGACCAGUUAUAACGAGUUCUAUCAACUUCUGUGGGGUCAGCAAGGCUCUGGAGACAAAAUACACUGUCUUACCACAGAAGCUAUUGGUUGAUUGCUUGCGAAUUAGGAUGGGAACUGACCAAUUGGAGGCCAUGUCUCAAAACGACAAGCAGCAAAAAGUGAUGAUCCUGGAUAAUCAAGCUGUGAAACAAAUCCAAAUAGGCAAGAUAAGGCCAUCUCUCUUAGGGGAGGGGUUUUACCUGCAAGAGACUGUCACCCAAAUGAUGGGGUUGUGUAAGCAUGUCUUACGAAACAAGGUCAAGGGUCAGCAAGUCAUAGGAAGUGCCAAAACCAAGGAGAAUCUUGACCAGUUGUUGCUGACUUUCUGCAUAGACUAUCAGAAGUUCACGGGAACUGUCACUCCUGCACUUGUGGAUUUGGUGUCUGGUCAGGUGACGAGAGCCAUGCAGUUAGUCCUGAAUGACAGUCUGGUGAACUACCUAAUGAACGUGGUCCACAAGCACCUGUUUGCUACCAUCACCAACUGCAUGAAGAGAUACGACUCAAAUCUGAACAAGAAGAACCGUAACUUGGUGGACACCCGUUUAGAGAAUCUGCAUGUGCGCGCAGAGUAUGAGGAGAAUUUGCCGGGCUCGCGGAAAGAGCUGUCCAAGCUGAACGACUUCAGUACGCCUCUCGAGCGUCUACAGUGCCUCAAACAUGUCGUGACGCUUUGUACGAGGCCUGUGGAAGCUGCAAAAAGUGACGACACUCUUCAUUUUGCCGCACUAUAUGUCCAGGCAGGACUAAUAGAUAUUUUAUCCAAGAACGGUUGCCUUGCCGAUGCCUCCGAUGUCCUGGGUCGCACUCCACUGCAUAUGGCGGCAUUGAAGGGACUUCAAAACAUCAUUUGUGUGAAAGCCAUUCUGUUCUUGGACAGCCUAAGGAGUCGUGUUGAUGUAAACGCAGGCAAUGAUUUGGGAGAGACUCCACUGCACUUGGCUGCUAAGUGGGGAUAUGGUGAGUGAUAUGGGAGAGACUCCACU